CAUACACUUUGGGGUUGUCUUGUUACCUAAUACACAUAUAACUAUCAGACACUACACAGCUGAGGUAAAACUGUAGGUAUGUAUAGAUACCAGGGUCUGUAAACACGACCUACAUUGACCUACUCCACAAUCUACCCUAAUACGUUUUCUGUAGUCCUGUCGGCUACCUCGCACAACAAGGAAGUUCUAUUUUCCGUAUAGUUACCAGCUGAACAGGUAGAUCUCCAAAUGGUGGCCAAGGAGCGUAUUCAGUUAGGACUUGUAUAAACAAUGAGGAACAGACAUUUACCAGAAAUAUUUCUAAAGAACAAAACUGAAUUCUGAGCCAGAAAACAUGUGAUUUAUGAAUGCAGUAAGAUAAUGGAGGUUUACCUGGACAAGGACCUACAUUGACCUAUUACUACGCAAUCUAUCCCUCUAUUGUCACUGUGUGUAUAUUGAUAACCACAUCAAACAGGGAAGUAGAAUUGUCUGUAUAGUUUCAAGUCUGAACAGAAUGAUCUAUAAAUGGUGGCCAGCAAGGCUUGUUCAGUUUGGACGUUGUAUUAACAAUGAGAAACUGACAUUGACCAGAAAUGUCUCCUUGGUCUGUCAGCCAGAAAACAAGUGAUUUAUCAUAACAACUAGAUGGAAUUUCAUUCCAGGCUUCGUUUCCAAUGCUGGUGAUAUAGACAACAACAAUAUGUACCCGUUUCCUUGACGUUUACAUUCUGAGGCUUGGAAUGAAAGUGAUCAUCAGGUAGUUAUAUGCUUUCAAUCUUUACAAUUAUGUUUUAUGAACACAUGUACCUGGAUUGGAGCUCAGUGUAAAGUCAAGAUUUAGAGACAUAAAAUAAAGUAUAUUUUGUGCCUGUUAUUCAAUAUCAGUUAUAAUAGACAAGUUAUUUGGGUCUAUUUAUAGACUUCCUUUUCUCUUCCUCAACUUUUUCAUCAACAUGGCAACACCCAUAGGUCAAAUCCCUCUCCGUACCUGUACUGAACACAAGGGGAGACAUCUGGAACUUUACUGUGAGAAAUGUGAUACACUUGUAUGUCUUAAGUGUCUGCUAUCUACUCACAAAGGCCAUGAUGUUUGUGAACUCAGCGAUAUUACUUCUACAAAGAAACAAGACAUUCAAAACUUUAUUGACAGAACUGAACAAAUUCACCUAGUACAGGUUAGGAAAUACAUCACAUCUACUGAUACACUUCUUAAAGACAACACCAGCGAUUUUGAGAAACUUUCGCACAAGUUGCAAAUGCAAACAGGAAAAUUAAAGAAUGACCUCGACUUGCUUACAGCACAGACACUGUCUCUUUAUGACAAAAUGGAGGAGGAUAAUACAAAGCUGAUACAGAAAUACAAACAGGGCCUUGAAAUGUACGACAAGCAACUCAGACAACAAAUUCGAGAAUGCAAAGCAGCACUCCAGCAUGGUUCUCACAUAGAAAUCUACGACACAGGAUGUGAAAUUCAUUCCCAAAUAAGUCUCCCUGUAAAACCUGUCCUGCGUACUGCCAGUUUCACUCCAAACGAAACCUUUCAACAUCACCUAGAACUGGCCGUAGGGAAAAUUGCUAUGUACAAAAUACUGCCACAGACCAAAGUGUUGGAGGAUUGGGAGUCUCCUGUUGAUGAUAUUAUAGAGUGUAUCUGCCCCACCACUGAAGGUCAGGUGUGGACCAAUGUGCAUUACAUGAACACAUUAACUCUCCUGGACAGGAAGGGGAAAGUAAUACAGGAGGUCAAACACAAAACUGGCAUCAUUGACUUAAGUCUGUCACCAACAACACACACAAUGUGGGUCUGUGAUACAAAACACAACAUCAUGGAGCUGGUAUCAGGACAACUAACAAACAGAUUCAGCACCAAGGAGAGACCCAGGUGUAUAUGUGUUACUGCCAGUAACCAUAUCAUUGUGGGGAUGACCAAAAACAUCUCCAAAUUUACCACAAAAGGUCAAAUGGUACUCACUACAAGUGCUACAGGGACUGGGAAGCCAUUAGUGUGUUCACCACAUAGGAUCUCAGAGUGUCCUGUCACUCACAAUGUCGCAGUGGUUGAUGGGAAUUAUAAUAGUGAGGAUAGUGGUGGGAUACAACAUGUUUCUGUUAUUGACACUGAUUUCAAGGAACUGUUUGUAUAUAGAGGUGACAUCCCCAGUACAUAUAAACGAUCAUCACAUGAAGGAGAUAGACCAUUUAACCCCAAGGAUGUGGUGUAUGACAGUGUAGGGAACAUUAUCAUAGGGGACUUUAAGAACUUCAGAGUCCUACUCAUCAGUGGACGUGGUGUGUUCCUCAGGAUCAUACACACAGACCCAUUGCAUACAUGGGCUGUAGGUGUAAACAGGGAGGAUGUCCUGUGGGCGGGGUUUCAUAGGAAUUAUGUUAAACUACUACAGUACAGCAGUUGGUAUAGUUACCAUGACAGCACAGAAUCAGACCAACAAAACUGAUCACAAUAAACAACCAGUCAACAUUCUACCCUGAUUGUACAUCAUCACAAUCACUGGAGAAAAUCUAUUCAACAUUCAAGUGAUUUUUUGCUAUUAUGAUCAUCAGAGAAAAAUCAGUCAACAUUCUAGAGUGAUUAAGAAUUCAUUCUCAUCAAAGUCUGUGUGGGGAACAAUUUUGUUAAAGCAAACUCAAUGUGUUGCUUAGCCACUAAAAUGAACUCAUGUAUCUAUGAUCUACAGUCUAUUGUUUGAGACAUUGUUUAUUGAACUAUACCAACGACCUCCAAAUCACUGACUGGAUAGUGGGACAAACAGAUAAGUUGUGGCUGGAUUUAGUUGGACAGUGCUUGGAUAGUGGGACAACUGUACAAGUGGAGACUGGGAUAGUCAAAACACUACAUGAAUGUUGGCUGGAUAAUGUGACAAUUAACUGUAUAAGUAUUGACUUGAUAGAGUUGAACAACUUCAUCAGUGGUGACUGGAUAGUGGCCAUGGGACCACUGUAGAAGUGUUGACUUGAUAGAAUUGUAAAACUUUAUUAGUGGUGACUGGAUACAGUCUGACAACUAGAUAAGUGGUGACUUGAUAUAGUCAGGCAACUGUAUAAGUGGUGACUGGAUAUAGUCAGACAACUGUAUAAGUGGUGACUGGAUAGUGGGACAACUGUAUAAGUG